AAAGCCCCACCUUGUUUAGUGUGCGGCGUGUGGUACUUGUUGAAACAAUCACAGCAGACGGCUCCAGGUUGGUCUUUAGAUGUUAGACGUGGUGUUUUUUCCACCAUUCGCACCAACCGUCGAAGACUUCUGUCAUCAGUUUUUCUCUUCCCUCCACGUCCAGGGAGGUUCUUGACCGUUCCAUGCCUGGAAAACUUCUCAAUAACAUUAUGCACCGUUGAAACAGGGAUACCAAGAUCUUUGGAGAUGGAUUUAUACCCUUUGGAGGUCUUGUGUUUGCAAAUAACAGCAUUUCUGAUGUCCUCAGACAGCUGCUUCACAUGUGGAGAUGAACUAACAGGUGGCUUUUAAAGCACCAACACGACCUUUCAUUGGUUAAUUCAUGUCACAUGUGUGGAUCCAUCACAAGUGAUCUUUAUGUGUGACUUGCAACAGGAGAGCCAAAUUGGGUUUUCAUAUUGAUUUGCAGCAAAGGGUGUCAGAACCAUUGGCAUGGUAAAAAUUAUGUUAUUCUUUGUUUUCCUCAUAAUGUUUAUCUUUUGAAAUGUUUUUUAUCAUUUGCUGUUUUGCAUCAAACACAAGCUGUCAGCAGUAAAAUGUUGUUUCACUUGAUAUUCCAUUAUAUGUACUUAAACUUCAUGGGUGCCAAUAAUGGUGAGCAGGACUGGAUCUAAACAAAGAAACUACAAAUCCCCCUGCCAGCAGGAGCUGGUGGUUCAGUCCAAUCAGCAUUAAGCUGCUGAGCCUCGGCCUCCAUCUUUGUCUGACCUCCAAGGCCGGCAGGUACCAGUUAGUCUGACGCAAACAAAUUAAACUUGAUAUAAAUACACACGUUAACCAAAUGUGCGCCAACAUUAGGAAUGUGGUCUAAUAUAAAAAGGCUAAUUUUAAUCAAAUUGUGAUCAUUAUAUCUAAGAAAAUGUUCUACUGAUUAAGUUACAUUUGGAUUAAACUGAGUCUAAAUCUGACCUAAACUGAGACUCAAUCAGGAUCCGCCUGUUUCAACAUGCGCUAAAGUUAAGCAUCAUUAAAACUAGCAGAACUAAACUGAUAUUUCCAACAUUACCAGAUACUAACUAACCACCGCAGAGUGAUGGACGGCUGAGUGAUGGACGGCUGAGUGAUGGACGGCUGAGUGAUGGACGGCUGAGUGAUGGACGGCUGAGUGAUGGACGGCUGAGUGAUGGCAGUAACUCGUUACAAACUGACCUCUCCGUCCCCCUGCUGGAUGAACCGUCUCGUCUUCCUGCCUCACUGGAACUACAUCCCCCAUGAUGCCUUGGGGCGGGGCCAGGACAGAGGACACCUGGAGCUGAUUGGCUCUCCUGACCUGCUGAGACCCAGAGCUGAGCUGGGAUUGGCCGCUGGUCCGGGAGGGGCGGAGUCUGAUGGAGGGGCGGGGCCUGAUGGGGCGCUGAGCGUCAGAGAGGCUGCAGGUGUUCUGAGAACCAGGGUCAGAGGUCAGCGGGUGUCGGUGUGGGGUCGGGUGGGCUCGGUGCGCCCCUUGCUGGAGGUUUCAGGAAGUUGCUUCUUCUUCUUCUGUCUGGAGGACCAACAGCARACGGUUCCGGUUCUGGUGAAGGUAGGCGACCCGGUGGGCCGGGACUGGGAGCGGGUCACUCUGUGACCUUUGUCCUCUCAGGUUUCUCUGUGUCCACCUGGCUG